ACGACGACGACAACGUCGACGAGUGUACUCAGUCCGCCUGUGCAAUCCGUGAACGUCGUGUCUCUCGACGCCGCAUUACAUUACGUUACAAUAUAUUAUAUACACGUUGUCUUGCGCUGUUGUUAUUAUUAUUAUUAUUAUUAUUAUAUUUAUUUAAACAAAAAAAUAUCGCGGCCGGCGAGGUGAGUUCACACACCCACACACGCACACAGGAGAAAAAGGAAAAUCGGAGUCGUGUCGAUCAGACUCUGUACAAUACACCUACGGCGCAAGCUUUAAAUUUGUCGUCCGGUGGCGUAAGCUCGACGCAAGUUGUCCGAAAAGUUGGUUGUUGUUUUUUUUCGUUAGUUUUGUUUUUCGUACGUUGAACAACUCCAACGCGCGCUACGAGUAAUUUGUGUUACGCACGUUACACAAAGUGUCGUUCGACCGGACGUAUAAAAUAUAUACAUAUAUACGUACGGUGCGCAUCGCUGUGUGGGCGACUCGCUGCUGUUUCUACUGAUCGUGUUAUCGUCAUCACCGCGGUGGUUGUGGAAACAAAUAAUUUAAUAUACAUAAAGGGCGAAAAUCAAGUAUAAGUAUACAUCGUUCACGAUUACGUGAUAUAACACAAAUACAGUGGUGUCAAGUGUGAUAUCGUCGGAUUGUUCUUUCGGCACGGGUAUUACUGUUUUCUACUCCUCGACGCCGUACAGUGAUUGAUGAUAAGAAAAAGAUUCGGGGUGUUGGUUGCGAGUGUUGUUAUUGUAUGCUGGUUUUUUUUUUAAUGCGUGAUAGCGAAGAGCCGGCUCAAGCAAAGAGUGGCCGAAUAUAGAGAGUGAAGUUGAGAUCGGCUACUGGUACAGCAGCAGCAUCAAUCCCGAGGCCACGUCGGUGAUUUUGUCCCAAAGAGCCACGCGAGCGGCACACACGAACCUUACCGAUAUCGCGAGGAGACCUACACUCGUCUUCGACGCCAAGAGCCUCGACGAGCUAAGGGAGCAGCGCCACGUCGUCCACCGAAGAAACCAAAUGCCAGCCACGCCGACAUAAAUGACGCAAAAGGGAAAAUAAACGGAGCCAAAUUCGCCAUCCCCCUUCUCUCUCUCUCUUUCCUUCCCGCUCCCCUGUCCUCCCGGCCCUUUCGUCCGACUCGAGCGACCGGUGGCCGACGAUCACAAAACACCCGCCCGCAUCAAUGAGGAGCACUCGCCCAACACCCGCAAGCGAGAGCAGGAGAGCUUGAGACUGGCUCCCUCUGUAUACCCAUUUGGCACCGGUGCAGCAGCAGCGGCACGAGAAAACUGGAGUUGAACGAGAGCGCCGUCGUCUCCGGAGAUCGCGAGUGAAACCGAAAAGCGGGAGAUAGAGCGUUCCCCGGGAAGAGAAAAACAAGAGGAGGAGGAGAUUUUUCCCACGCACGGCUCGAGGAAGAGAUGGCUAUGGUCAACAUGAACAAUCUACUGAACGGCAAGGACUCGCGAUGGCUCCAGCUCGAGGUUUGCAGGGAAUACCAGCGGCAAAAGUGCACCCGGCCCGACACCGAGUGCAAGUUCGCUCAUCCGCCGGCCAACGUUGAAGUGCAGAACGGACGGGUCACCGCUUGCUACGACAGUAUUAAGGGUCGGUGUAACCGGGAGAAGCCGCCAUGCAAGUACUUCCACCCGCCACAGCACCUGAAGGACCAGCUGCUGAUAAACGGUCGCAAUCAUCUGGCGCUCAAGAACGCCCUCAUGCAGCAGAUGGGUCUUAGUCCUGGCCAGCCUUUAGUACCUGGUCAGGUGCCUACGGUGGAGUCCCAACCUCCUGCGCCGUCACACCAGCACCUUCAACAGCAAAUCCAGCAGCAACUGCUCGCUACCCACGCUCUUAUGGCAACAAACCCCUACCUGACCGGCAUGCCGCAGGUCGGCAACACGUACAGUCCCUACUUCGCUCCCAGUCCCAUCAUGCCAGCCAUCAUGGGCCCAGCGGACCCGACGGGCGUCGGCAGUCCCCUCGGCGUGGUACCCCAGACAGUGGCGAUGCCCCAGAAGAUGCAACGCACGGAUCGGCUCGAGGUAUGUCGCGAGUUUCAACGCGGGGCGUGCAAACGCGGCGAAUCGGAGUGCCGGUUUGCGCACCCCCUCGAGACGGUGCAGGCGAACGAGGACGGCUCUGUGACGGUCUGCAUGGACGCUGUCAAGGGCCGAUGCAAUCGGGACCCCUGCCGCUAUUUCCACCCCCCUCUGCACCUUCAAGCCCACAUUAAGGCCACACAACCUCGGGCUAGCAUUGCGAUGGACAUGAAGUCUGUCGGAUCGCUCUACUACGAGAACUUUACCUUCCCAGGCAUGGUACCGUACAAGCGCCCGGCCGGCGACAAGUCCGGCGUGCCGGUUUACCAGCCGACCGGCGCCACGACCUACCAGCAGUUGAUGCAGCUCCAGCAGCCCUUCGUGCCUGUGUCAUUUACUGGACACCCUCCCGGUGUGCCAAGAUUUUAAUCGGCAACUCUGCAAUCGUCCCGCCUGCAAAUUCAUUCAUCUCCAUGAUGGCAACGUGGAGGUGAUCGAGAACCGCGUAACCGUGUGCAGAGAUGCUGUAAAGGGUACGUGCGUGAGGCCCCAGUGUAAAUAUUACCACAUACCAGUGGCGCUGCCCCCGGCACCCCUGAUGGCCGUCACCAGUACCGUGUCUGCACCUUAACUAACCUGGCCCCCCCUCUCCAUUACCCCCCCAAACUACUACUGACAUUACCAAGAUUCUUGAAUUGACA